CGAUAUACCGGACAUUCCUCACGUCCGAAAUUUCCUCGACACUAUAUGAUACCGCGUCCAGCUUGCCAGCAUGCACAGGAAAUAAUUCUCUGUGUAUAACUCAGGGAAAUAGUUUCAGCAUCGUUUUAUCCAAGACCAAUAAGUUCUCGCGUCCUGUCGCUUGUAUAGCCGCUCUAUUCGAAAUGUUCAUCGAACUCCUUCAGAUAAUUCAUUGAUCCCCGAGUAAUUUUUGUUCGCAAUUAUUAAAUCGUCGAUUUCGACUCGCGCUUAUCGAUGCAGCCUGAUUUUUGAGAUAAACUCACGUGGCCUGCUUUUGGAUAUUUAUCCAAAAAUACACACACCUCGUCCCGCUUCAAUAUAAUACGAGAUAUUACUGAAUUAUCGAUUAGCUUACCUUUAUAUAGAUCUCACUUUCCACGUUAAUCAGUUUAAGACAAUGUAGUCGUCCUCAUAAAUUCUUACACAAAAAUUGACAAGUACUUUUUAUCUACCAUGAUGAUCGACUUUUUUUCCAGAAAUAGCCGAAUGCCUAGCAGUGCGCAGGCAAUCACAUUAUCGAGGGCGUUCAUUAUAAAAUUCUAAUCUCGAAACGUGUCGAGUAUUAGCCAUAAAGUCAAGGGACACUUUUAAAGCAGCGAUCAGCGCGAAUAAUGCAUUUGAAGCACGUAACGACGAUGCCUCUUGCACAGUAUGAUGCUGUUAAAACAUUCAGCGUUUUGUAAGGUUUCCAUCGCGCGUCACCGGAUAUAUGUCGGAUAAACGACGGUUGGAACGAUGAUACGCAUACAAAGUGAACUCAUCGUCAUCGGUGAGCAAUCUGAUACGAGAUAAUGAUAAAUUCGCAGAUGAUCCAUUUAGGAGAGACUCGAAGAGAAACUAUUCUAAAUUUCUUCAAUAUAUCUAGAUAUUCCACAUAAAACACUUUUUUAUUAACAUCCCACUUUCCCACACAACAUGCAUGUCUCAAAGACGUCUUAAAGAUCUCCAAAACAUGUCUAAAAACAGUAGGACGUCUUUUACGUGGUUUAAAUUUCAACUUUCAACUCGAAUCAUUUCCAAGGAUUGUUCUCACUCAACGAUCACCUCAAUCGUAAUGACAGCUUCGCUCAUUUGUACCUCCUCGUUAACUCAUGGCUAGUAAUGGAAGGAAAGGUCUCCAAGCGCAGCCUUUACGCUUCGAAAGUCCGAGGGUUCAGUCGGUCCGGUUUUCAGUCGGCCAGUUUGAAAUCGCGCGUGUUUGUCAGCGACGAGGCGCGUGGCGCCAUCUCGCGGCCGCGUCGCGAAUCAAAAGGAGCGCGCGCGCGCGCGCGCAACGAAAGGGAAGAAGCGUCGCGCGAUGGGCGCGCGGAUACGUUGGCGACAGUCGUGUCGAUACGAUGGUCAGGUCGGAGCUGCGACGGCUGCGGGCGGCUGAUCCUCCUCACGUCACCUGGCGCACCUCGGAGCCGCCGGCGGAGCAACGUGCGACGGUAAGGUGUACGAGCGGACGAGCGUGACGGCCACGACCACGUACUGCAUAAUGCGUGAGACGAUGCUGAGCGUUCGGUCGUCGUCGGAAGCGGGCCAGUGACAUUCGGUCGCGCGCGCGGGGCCAGUCAGGGUCGGUCGUCCACGGCAACCCCGGAGCGAGGGAAAGGCGAGAGGGCAGACGGACGGACGGACGGGCGAGUGAGCGAGCGAGCGAGCGAGCGAGCGAACGAUCGAGUAGCAGUCGACGAGUGGCUGCACGCAGUAUGGGAAUAACCUGUCGGCCAGCACGCAGCGCUCCGAGCCGCGACGGAGUCCACGACGGAGCGACGCCGACGGCCGUCGUCAGGUCGGCGCACACUGCGCGAUGAUAUAGUCCGUGCCUCCCCUCAGGAACUGACCGCGUCGACACCAAGAGCAAGAGCGUGAGACGCAUCCAACGUCAUGUUUUACCACCUGCAUCUCAGGAGUCGUCUUCUGCAGACCCUGAUCGUCGCGCUGAUCGGCCUCACCUUCUAUGCGUACUAUCGUACCACCGUGUACGAUGUCCGCCAGUUCAGUCUGCCACGAAACACCAAUCAUUCCGUGUACCAAGAAGGCCUGCCGCACGUGCACACGAAUCUUAGCGCGGACUUACGGCCGACAGGAACGGCCAGGAAUUCGAGCUUGGAUAACGUGGCUUUAAGCCAGUUUACGGCACACAACGUGAAUAAUCUGUCGACUCUCAUCACGACGCUGUCGACGUCCUCCUCGUCGUCUUCCGCCGCGAGCAUGUCGAUCAGCUCGAAGCAGUCGAACGAGAAGCAACCGGCUGUGCUGCCGGUGAGGAUUACUGUCAGCAACGCGACCAGGUCAUCGCCGAUAGUGGUGCGUAGCGAUUCUGCGCGCGCCAUAUACGAGGCCGGCCACACCGUGCCGAUCCCGGAGCGUUGUCCGAACUUGGGCAAGGACAUGGACCUGGUCGUAAUCGUGAUGUCCGCGCCGACGCACCUGGACGCGAGGACGGCGAUCCGACAGACCUGGGGCCACUUUGGUCAGCGUAGCGACAUGAGCGUGCUCUUUAUGCUCGGCACCACCAGCGACCGCAAGAUCGAGACUAUCUUGCGCAAGGAACAAUAUAUGUACAACGACAUGAUACGCGGCCGCUUCCUCGACUCAUAUUCGAAUCUCACACUAAAGACCAUCUCGACGUUGGAGUGGGUGGACAGUUACUGUUCGAAGGUGAAGUACCUACUGAAGACUGACGACGACAUGUUCAUCAAUGUGCCGCGGCUGCUCGCUUUUGUGAACAAACACGCGAAGGAUCGUAACGUGAUAUUCGGCCGCCUGGCCAGAAAGUGGAAGCCCAUCAGGAACCGCAAGAGCAAGUAUUACGUGUCGCAGGCGCAGUUCCAGCAGUCGGUCUUCCCGGACUUCACCACCGGUCCGGCGUACUUGCUGUCGAGCGACACGUUGCGCCGGCUAUACGACGCCGCCUUGGACCACACGUACCUGAAGCUCGAGGAUGUGUUUAUGACCGGUAUUGUCGCGCACAAGCUCGGCAUCAGACGCUCGCACGCCAACGAGUUCCUCAACAAGCGCAUACAGUACACCGCCUGCAACAUCCAGCGUGGCAUCAGCAUACACAUGGUCAAGUACAGCGAGCAGUUCGACCUCUGGAAGAAGCUGCUGGACGGCAAGAGCAAGUGCAAGUGAUAAUCGAGGCCGGGCGAAGGUCCUACGCUUGACCCUGAUGAACCAAGUGGUACGAUUGUUACCGUCUAAUGCGACUCGAGUGCCCGGUUAACACGCUGGCUCGCGAAACCAGUCGUCGUUUCACUGACAGCCAUCUACGCGCGUAUACACACGCCCACACACACAUACACACAUGUAGUCACAUACAUACACAGUACGCGUGCGUUCAAGCACACGCACGCGUGUAUCGAACACACUUCGCUCGAAGCGCGAACUCGGUGACACGCACAGAGAGUGGUAAUUGCAAGAGUGUGCACCGCGAAACGAGAGAGAGACGUGAACGAUUUCGCCGCUUAGAUUUUUACGAUACGACCCGCGCGAGCUGUAUGACCUCGCGACUCUGCCUUUUCCCACAGGGAUCGGAACGAGAGCGGCAACCUUCACAUCCUGAAAGGAUCGCCGAGGUAUCAUGGCUGAAUCCUGGUCUCCCUCUUACGUUCCCUCGAGAAUUCCAAAGAAGUAUUUUAAUUAUUACGUAAAAUCGUACGGAAAUUAUUUUAGCGUAACGAUCUUGUAAUGUAGAGUGGCUUCUCGUUUUUCCAAGAAUAUCUUUCUCUAUCUCUUGCAGAUAGAGAAAUAGGUCGAACAGAUUCCUCGCGGAGAGAUUUCGCAACUUUUUUUCAGGCUUUGACUUUUCAUUUUCUUUUCUCUUUCAUAUAUACAUGUAUAUAUAUAAUACCGUGACACUAGACUGUCGUAGAUACCGGACCGUAUGUGUUUCCGCCGCGUAUCCAGCAGCGGACGUGUCCGUUCAAUUUUCAGCUUGCACUCGGGCGAGCUACAUCCUCCGUGUUGGUGCCGUACCGAGCGUGAUCGGACAGCCGCGUGUGCAGCAUUAAAUGCACCAGUAGGAUACGGUCCAGUAUUUUUACGCUCUAGUGUAGGAGGAGCGCGCGCUAUCGCGCUCGCUGCAUGAGACUCCCCAAGAGGAUUCUCUUUGUGUAAUCGGCAGUCUCAUUAUGGCCGACGUCGAGUUGCCACGUGCACGUGUACUCGUCGACAUUCAAUCCGCGGUAUAAUCAGGUCAAAGUAACAAUAUCUCGCAAGAUGUAUCGGGUAUCGCGCACUUUCUCCCGACGAACAACUCUCCGGUGAAUUUGGAGCUGAUGUUUCCAAGCGGAAAGUUCAGCCUUAAUCGCGCUGUUAUUUGGCAUUUAAGUGGCACUUGACAAAUUACGCUUUAACUGCACCAGUGAAUUUCACCCUCGAUUAAUAUCGAGCGAAUCUCAUUCUUUUUCCCCUCUCUCUCUUUCUCUCUCUCUCUCUCCUCCCCUCUCUCUCUUUCUGUCUAUUUCUCUCGCGCUAAGAUUCAAGUCAUGCUUAGUUAUCAGGAUCGCUACACUGCGUGUCAUAAAGGUCUCCUCUCUCUUUCUCUCUCUCAUAUUUCCGGAGAAAAAUAAGAAUCGAAUUCGUGUCCGUCGAGGGUACCUAAGAGUCGCAAGCUUUGCUGCGCUCCGACCGAGUGGGGUAAUUGAGAUAUUUUGUGCGAACGUGACAGUCGCAGUCAUCUGCGAGAGCGCGACUUCCCUUCUCUCCCGAAUAUUAUCUAGUCAUCGUCCUAGAUAAUACGUCGCACGACAAUGCGGACGUGAACGCUGUGAAGCUGUAUACCAUGAUAUCGACUAUCCUUCGCGCCUCACUUCCCCGUCGUAUUCCAUACUCUCGUAUCGCACUACUUCUUUGUAUCCUGCGGAAAUAUAGCAUAUAUAUUUCCGUUCCCGGUGCCAUAUGUCUGAAACCCGAUUAGAGGAAUUUAUAUAACGGCGGCGCGAUGAAGUGUAAAAGUAAUAGAAGCCCCGAAAGCGAGAUAAUUGAGACCGCCGAGCAAAUGAGACGAGGCCUAUUGCUUUCCGACGAAUACGAUCGAUAGCUGCCGUUCUUCAAUGACUUUUCUAUGAUUGUCGAAUUAAUAUUGCAUCGAGACCACAUCGCUCUCCUGACUUUGAUUACCCCGCCGUAUAUCCCUACUUCAAUCGCGUGUUUUAUAAAUAAAUAUAGACUUUUCUUUAGUAGAUUAUGAGUACGUAAUCUUCCAUCAAGAAGUCAUUGGAUUCCUAUCGUCUCAUUACUCAUCGGCCUCGGUUACUUGUUUUUAUAUUUCAUCACGUCUGAGCUUAUAUAUGUAUAUAUAUAUGUAUACACAUUGUGUUCCUAUAUUGCGCGUCGCGCUUCCUGAAAGUGCAUUAUUUUUAAUUAUUACUAUAGUCGCUUUUAUUUCAUACAUUACUCCUUCACACACACACAUCUUCCUUGCCUUCCCUAAAUUAUUUAAACAAUCUAUCUCACAUUAAGCAUUUUAAUUGUUUCAAAUUUUCAAAUCUUCACGAGAAAAGAAAGUUUGGUCGAUUUAAUCAAAUAUCUAAAAUCUAAACGCGCGCGCGCGCGGAUCAGAAAUUCCGGUUGAACUUAUCAGAAUUCUGUCCAGAUUAACGAAAAUUUCUCACUGGCCAGAACUCGCAACUGUACAAGUUAAUCACAAAUUUUGUUAAUUUGAGCAGAAUUCUGAUGAUAACUUCAAUCAGAAUUUCUGAUUCGAUCGUAUUUCACCAAACCUUUGGAUUUUAAUCUAACCAAACUUUUCUUUUCCGUGUGCAUGUAAUCAAAUCGAAUGUCCCAUUCGCGCUAGAAUAGAAUGGAAAUGAAGUUGAUGAAGUAUUUUAGUCAUUUUUAAGAAUUGCGCUAGUAAAGAAUAUCAACAUUGAUAGAUCUGAUUCGCGCUCGAACGUUAAGAGAGCUUUAUUUUCGCGGUUAAUUAAGGUCGUGCCUCGUCUAUUAUAAUUAUUUAUCACCGAGUCGAUUGCAGUUCUUGUGCGACAGGUUGAAGAAGGAGUGUACCUUUCUGUUGUCCGUUUCUCUCCGUGAAAACACGCGCGCGAAUCACGAGUUAACGAGCCCCGAAGAUCAGGCCAAGGCUCCUGCAACUCGUUGCGACCGCACGCCGCACGUAUUCCAAUUGUGUCCUUGGCACGUAUUCCGACCGGCACGGCGCGUCCAAGUACGAGGUAAAGGGACUGCUUUAGUCACGACAAUCGGUUGUCAUUUGUUAGGCGAGCGACCGUAACGAAGGGUCGUUCCAUCCCGAUUGCGAUGCGGCGCGAGGAUCGCGAUUUCGCGGCUCGCGAAAGGGGAACGCGCAUCGGCCUGGUCUCUCCGGCCGACCCUGGCGAGAAGUUUGACAUGAUCACACACACACAUACUUACCUAGUCUAUAAUAUUUCGCCAAUCGGCGGCGUAUCACCUGUGCAUCACGCGAAGACAAAAGGUCGAGAGGAAUUUUCCAAAACGCAACUCCCCCCGAUCGUCUCAACCAAAAUUGCUCAAGAGACCCCAAGAAUCCCAAAAGAUACGUAAGAUAGUAAGAUAAAUGAUCAAAAAGUCUCCGCGAGAAUGCAACGAAGAUAAUUUGGUCUCACUGACUUAUGAUUCAUGAACGAUUACGCUGCGCUAAAGAAGAAACGACUUCGCUCACGCAAACAGUACAAACUGUCUAGCUCGAGCCAAGUUGGACGAUGAAAAAUCGAAGUUUACGAGGAAGCGCGCGGAUAUCGCCGUUUGCAAGCAAAUAAUUCCUCAGAUUGAUAUGCCUCAGUAGACUACGUAUAAUAAUAUCUCAUGAAUUCACACGCUGAUAGUGCGCAGCGAGAUUCCGCAUCGAGUCGCGUUUACCGAGUCGAUCGAUUGAGAGAAUCGGGAGAUGGAUACGGAUUGUCCUGAAAAUUAAAAUCCUUGAAAUUUGUCAAGUGGGCAAAUUAAUUUGCCAAGUGGCGAAGCAAUCUUUCGAAAUACAAAUUUCUCGAAAUAUCGAAAAAAUGUUCGAUUAUUCUGGAAAAUUUAUUAAGUCCGAGUGCCGAGAAAAUGUGUGCCGAAAUACAGCUUUCUCGGAAUAAUAAUAUUAAUUUGACAAACGUUCAGUAAAUCUUUGUCGACGUUGCAAUGCUCUCGCAACAAUUGUAUGCUUUCGGUAUUUCGAGAAAGUUGCAUCUUGAAAGGGAGAGACUGCCUGAAGAUAUUCGAAUUUUGGAAUUAGAGCUUUUCAGUUUCAUCUCGUUGCCCCGAAAAAUUGCCCCACUUUUUACAUCUCGGUUCCACGUUUUUCAUCCAGAACAAUGCAUGUCCAUCAGUCGGGCCAAUAUCGUGGGCCAAUUCACGGCAAGCGACGACAUUCAACCAAAAAUUCGAGUUAGAGCCCUUAGUUGCAGCCGACACGAGAUAGUGAAACGUACUUACAUGUUCUAGAUUCGCAGUAUUGUACCAGUAUGUAUCUACAUAUGUAAUACACGCGCGCGUCUCUCCCGCUCACGAUAGAUCCGCAAUGUCGCACGAUCCAGAGCGUCCUGAGAUAACAAUGGUCACUCGUAAAUCGUCUCGUGAUCGCGCGACAGAUAAUUUAUUUCUCCAUUCCUCUCUCCUCUCUACCUUUAGCUUAGGUGAACUGAGUGCCCUAGAUGAUGUGCAUUUUAUUUUUGUAUGCGUCUAUAUAAUAAUAAUAAUAAUAUGUAUAUUACGCGAGUGUCUGCAACCCCACAUAGAUAUGUAAUUAAUUGACAUGUGGUUAUAAUUGUUAUUAUUAGUACGUUCACUUAUUAUCGCGAAGCCGGAAGAGCGUUAAUCGCGAAACGUUCUAAUCGUCCGGCUCGAGUCUUGCCGCGUUUCACCCUUCGUGCUCAAAACUAUUUUUAUUUUUAUUUUUUUUUCCUCCCUCAGGCAGUGUUUUGCGUAAGAGCGAGCGACGAGCGAGAAUUAUAGAUUCAACGAACCGUCUCGCGAAAGAGAGAGAGAGAGAUAAUGUAUGUGUGUGUGUGUGUGUGUGUCGUAACGACAGUGUGACGGUUUAAUUCCGCUCGCGGCUCCUCGUGAAUUAUCGUCGUCUAAUUUAUCGAUGUGCCUUUGGUAAUGAUUAUUUAUAUAGAGAAGAAACGUGUAUUUGCAUUUUGCGAAAUUAUGUAAAUUUGGCCGCGAAAAAACAAACGAAUGGACACUCCUCGUCGGCUCACACUACUACGCUUAUAAGCGCGGUGCGCGCAACGCACAUUGCUUAAUGUACGACAACGCAAUGCGCGUAGGACAUCCGGUACGCGGUUAAUAAUACGCAACGGUCAAUGAAAUUAACAGAUCGCGUUGUGAAACGGAGGCAAGGUGAAUGAGUGAAUUGCGUAUCAAACAUACAAAAGCUAAUCGCGAUAUGAAGUGACGGCACGUAACUUUUGACUGUAAAAUAUAUUGGAUCGAGUGUCGCAGAAUUCGAAGUCCGUGACGAAGGAAACAGGAAGUAAGAAGCAGUAGUAGUAGAUUACGGAUCUCGUGUUCUGCGAAAUUUGAUUUAUUUUGUCUGUGUCCUUCAUUCUACGUCGCGUUGGCUCGUAUUGGCCGCGCGUCAUUACAACAAUAAACUUCUACAGUGAAAAGAAAGAUCGGACAAAGAGAACUGAGUCUCAGGGUUGCGCAAGUUUUGUCGCAGAAACUGCAAUCGAGUCAAAUUGAAUAACAAUCGAGUCGGAUCGACAAUCUGACGUAGGGAUUCGAACUGCAAAAUUCAAUCUCCGACAAGAACUUAAUUAAAACGUAGUUUCGAUACAAAUGGCCUUUCAACUGCCAAAAGAUUGGUUUACGCCUGUAUAAUAUAAGUAAUUCUACUUCUGGUUGGAAGAUUAAGCAAAUCAAACAAUCAAGACCCCGUUGCCCCAAAUGAGUGGUAAGUUAACUAACAAUUAAAUCAUAAUCCUUCAAAAUAAACAAAAAUAAGUGUUUUAAUUGUUUGUUAGCUUGCCACUUUAUUUAGUCGAUGCAACUAGACCUAAUACGAUCAAUAAUAUAUUGUGUCGGCUUUAUGAUAGUCUCAUUGAACUGAAUUCUAGACUUGCUUUACACAAGAGAUCAAGAGAUCAUGAAAAUUUUGAUCUGAAAGAUUUUAAUCAGUUUGUUCACCACGUACAGCCCUGAAAUUGAGUUCGUUUCAAUUCCGAUUCGAGUUGUUUCGACGAAUUUCUUUUUUACAAAGUGCACUCUUUUCGUUCAACAUUUUGGAAACUUUUAAACACUUGACGAAAAAUCGCGCGACGCCAUAAAGGAUUUUUAUCUUUAUCGAGGUUGAUAGAGAUGUUAUAUUACCCGUCGUAUCUUUCUAGCGGGAGAUUAAUGUUUGUUUCCCUGAAACGAUAUGGCUAUUUUUAUCACGUACCAUCAUUAUCACGUAGUAUUACGUAUGAAAUUUUCAGUUGCGAAGCGAAAGAUGAGGAGGAACGCGGCCAUAUCCGCAUUUUACGCACAUUUCUGGCCUCCGCAGGUGAGGCGAUUCUCGAUCUUUCUCAGCUUUGGCGAACGUGUACGAAUUCUUCGGUAUCUAACGCUAAUUGCGCGAAAGAUCGAAUCGCCCAAGCUGGAGGAAGCUUGAGAAACGAGCGCGACCUGAACGUCUUCCUCCACGUGUCACUUUACACGGCUGACGUUUCAGAUCGCGCGCGUUCUGAAGCCUCGUGUCUUUUUUAUUUCAAGAAAUUAUUUCAAGAAAUGUUUAUAUUGUACCACACGAAUAUGACAAAUGCUCAACCGUCGUUUGAAGAAUAUAGAUUCUUUGCUCACA